GAUCUUAAUUCAUAUCUUGAAGAUAAAGUCUACCUUACAGGAUAUAACUUUACCUUAGCUGAUAUCCUAUUGUACUAUGGACUUCAUCGAUUUGUAGUUGACCUGACAGUUCAAGAAAAGGAGAAAUAUCUUAAUGUGUCUCGCUGGUUUUGUCACAUUCAGCAUUAUCCAGGCAUCAGGCAACAUCUGUCUAGUGUUGUCUUCAUCAAGAACAGACUAUAUACUAAUUCCCACUAGAAGCAUUCCAUGCCGUACAGAAGAGUGAAUAAAAAUAUUGUAAAUGGAAAGCGUAUUCUGGAUCACAGGACUAACGUAAAUUGAUAUGCGGUCACUCUUUAUUUGUUGAAAUUGAUAGAAUUUUUGAAGUGUAAAAUUGUGUCUGAAUGUUUUAGUUGUUCUUUAGUUGAAGUUGUGCAGUUUUUUCCCUAAAAAUUCAACUGCUAUCAAAACAAGCUGAGGUCAAGUUAUAAGUUACUAUGUUUUUAUAGAUGAAAUUUAUUUUAAUUAAAGUUGCACAUCAGUGGCUUAAUCUUAAAAAAAAAAAUAGGUAGUCCUUUCAGUGGUUGACAUAUAUGGCUAUUUAUUAACCUCUCUUUCAUAUUUUUAAAAUUCAUUUUCCCCUUAUGGAUAUUGAUGGUAGUUUGUUUAUUAAGAACUAUGGUAAAUUGUGCCAAGGAUACAGAAAGGGAACACAGAUGGAUUUGUUUUCAAAUAUUUAUGUGAGCUAGUAAAUGUGGUUGACAAAAUCA